AUGACGAACACCUCAUCGCCAAAGAAAUCGAAAUCUGAAUCAACAUUCAAACCUCUUCCGGAUCAUCUCAUCGAGGAAAACAUCCUAAUCAGACUUGCGGUGAAACCUCUAAUCCGCUUCACUUGCGUUUCCAAAGGAUGGUCUUCCAUGAUAUCGAGAACUAAAUUCACCAAAGAGCACUUGAAAUUGUGGUACCCCUCGAACGAUCGAACUCUCAUUGUCCAGGAUGACCGUGAUACUGUCGGCGAAGAUAAGUAUUAUUUAUCCUUUGAUGAAAACUACAAUCUGAAUGAGUUUGUUGAAUUGGGGAAAAAAUAUCCUACGUAUAAAUUUAAUACUCUAAAUACUUGUGUGGUGGGAUCUUGUAAUGGUCUUUUGUGCAUGUAUAAUGAAGAUAAUAUGCGCUUGUAUGUGUGGAACCUUAUGACUAACCAGGUCCGCGAUACUUUGGGUCCCGCCCCUCGUUGUAGAUUGGAGAAUUAUGAACUAAGGUGUGUCGGAUUUGGUUAUGUAUCGUCUAUUGAUGAGUAUAAGAUAGGGUGUUUGAUGUUUUAUAAGAAAACAUUACUUUCUCUUGUGUUUUCUUUAAAGACUGGGAAAUGGACGCAAAGGCGUCAGAGAAAAAAGUACUAUGAUGUGAUAUUAGCAUAUCUAGAUAAUGAAACCCCGGUGUUUGUUGGUGAUACUAUUUAUUGGAUUUCGGAUACUAUAGAAGAUGGGGAAAGCUACAUAAUUGGAUUGGAUUUAGUUGAAGAGGAUAUGGUAAUCAUCUCAUUAUUCGUACAUAUCCCUGACGGAUUCGCACCUGCAAAAUUGUUUCGGAUGCAAGGGUGCUUGACAUUAUGUUUGAUUGAAAGCAAAGAUGAUGGUAGGAAUGUUCUUCAUGUUCGCAAGAUGGUUAAACGUGGUGAUGAGGAAGAUAGAUUUAUGUGGGAUAAAGUUUUAAAUCUCAACUAUAUAGGAAAGUAUUUUGUUUAUUUAUUUGAUACAGGAAAGUGUUUGGUGAAUACGAUAUCACAUCAAUCUCAACGACUUAUGAUACAUGAACUUAAGGCAGCAUCAUCAUCGGAACAAGAACAAGAGCAAGAACAAGAGGAAGAGGAAGAGGAAGAGGAAGAGCAAGAGCAAGAGCAAGAGCAAGAGCAAGAGGAAGAGGACGAGGAAGAGGAAGGAGAAGAGGACCUACUGAGAAAGACACCAAGGGGAAAUUUGUGCAAGGGGCCUAGAGAUCAAGUCAGGGAAGCCGAUGUGGUGGGCAGCACUACUUUUGGAUCCACCUUGAUAUAUGGUGGUGAUCUUGUACUUAGGCCAAGGCCUUAUGACUAUAUGUUGUGUUUUAAUCUUUUAAUCUAG